CAUCCCGAGAAAGCUUUCCCACGCCUGCGAACCCGAACCGAAUCUCGACCUAGCAUUGAGAACGAAACUCCCCUCCUUUCCAUCCGUCGACAAGCACUCCAACUACCGUCGCCAUGCACUCCGUAUUCCGCACCGCCGCUGUCCGCAGCUCCUUCCGCUCGGUCGCUGCCCGUGCGCCCGCGACUCCCCUGAUGACUCGUGCCAGCUUCAGCACCACCAUCGCCCGUCGCAGCGGCGGCGAGCACGCCGAGGAGAGCUUCGAGGAAUUCUCUGCCAGAUUCGAGAAGGAGUUUGACAGCGUUCAGGAUGUUUUUGAGCUCCAGCGCAACCUCAACAACGCCUUCGCCUACGAUCUCGUCCCCUCGCCCUCCGUCGUCGCCGCCGCUCUCAAGGCCGCCAGGAGGGUCAACGACUUCCCCACCACUGUCCGCAUCUUCGAGGGCAUCAAGUCCAAGGUUGAGAACAAGGGCCAGUACCAGCAGUACCUCGAUGAGCUCAAGCCUCUGCGCGAGGAGCUCGGCGUCCCGCUGAAGGAGGACCUCUAUCCCGAGGCGCAGAAAUAAUUUUGGACGCAGCGUAGGAAACCCCAAGACGCCCUGACGGCCUUUUUAUCUACUAGCCCUCCCACGUGGGAUCUUGUUGUACAUGUUAGAAGAGGAAGGAAUGAUUCGAUAGAAGACGGGAGUUGCUUGCGGCGGAUCAAAUUUACUUUGUUACAUCAAAUGCACUCUGAGUGGUAAUGCCUGACGAUGAAGACAAGGGA